AUGUAACAAAAUAGUGAAUUAGUUUGUUCUCAUCAUAAAAGAUCUGUCUGCUCAGUGAUUGUAGAAAAAUAAGUGAAGAAUGAUGAAAGGCUUUUAUGUUGUGAAUGUAUGAUGAAUUUUGACGAAAAUAUUUAAAUCAAAGGUAUAAACAUAAUUUAGGAGAAAAUAGAAACGAAAAUUUAAGAAAAUAAUUCAUAAAAAAUAUAAUUUUUAGAUUAAAAAAUAUAGGAUAUAGAGUAAUUAAGAGAGAGUCUUAAUUAAUUAAAAUCAAAGUUAAUUACUACUUUUGAUUCGAUUUUAGAAGAUAUAAAAAAUUGGAUAGAUUAUUUAACUAAAGAAUAAUAAACCAAUAAUAAAUAUAAUCUGAUCUACGAAAUAGAUAAAAUAUUAAAUCCUGAUAGUCAUGAUAAAGAAUUUAUGUAUUUGAUAGAUGGAAUUAUUUAUUAAAAUAAUGAUACUAUUAAAAAGAUUCUAUAUAAAAUAAAAAAAUCAAAUGAUGUGUUUAGAGAAUUAAUUAGCAAAUUAAAGAUUUCAUUUUAGAAAAUAAAAAAAAUUCCUGAGACUGAUAUUUCAUUAACUUUAAUGAGUAAUGGGAUUAAAUAAAAUCAAGAUUGUUAUGCAAUAGCAUUUAAUGUAACUGGGUAGAUUAUGAUUUCAGGUUGUGGAAAAGAUAUCAAAUUAUGGAGCUUUAAUAAUGGAGAAUUAAAGGAAAUAUAAAAAUUAUCAUUUCAUAAAUCAACUAUUAGUUGUUUAUUAUUUAGUAAAUUAUCUGAUAAUUUUAUUUCUGGAUCUUAUGAUAGUACAAUUAGAAUUUGGAAAUAAUUCAAAGGGUAAGAAUGGAAAAGUCUAUCAACAAAUGAAGAUAGUAAUCGGAUAUUUUGUUUAAUACUUUCAAAAAAUGAAAAAGUUUUAAUAUCUGGUAGUGAAGAUCAUUUAAUUAAUGUAUGGGAUGUGGAUUUUGAACGUAACCAUUUAAAUUUAUAUUAAUCUUUAAUUAAAAAUACAGCUUAUGUUACUAAUUUAUCAUUCAAUGAAUCUGAGACAUUUUUAGUUUCAUGUGGAAAAGAUAAAUAAAUAAUUGUUUGGAUGAAUACAUAAAAUAACAAAUGGGAAUUUAAAUAAAUUGUUACAAAAUCAAUAAUGGAAUUUGGUACUGAAAUUUGUUUCAUAAAAGAAAAUUAAUUUAUAUGUGUAAGUGAAAAUUAAGAUGGACAAGAUUAUAUUUGUUUUUUUGAAUUAUAGAAUCAGUAGUUUUAAGAAUAAUUUAACUAAUAAAUUAAAUUAAUAUUCAAUAAUUAAGAAUAUAAUGAACCUUUAUUCCCAAUUAUGUUCAAUUAAACAAAGAGAAUAAUAUUAUUAAGACAUAAAUUCAAUAUAUACAUACUCUCUCAACAAUUUCAUAAUACAUAUAGAAUUUCUACAAAAUUACAAUUUUAGCAUAAUAUAAUUUAAGGAUCUAUGACUAAUGAUGCUUAAUAUAUGGUUUUAUGGGAAAAGAGUAAUUCAUGUUACUUUAUAUAUAAAAUAAAGUAAAAUUAAUAUGGAUAAGUUUAAUAAAAUUGA